ACGCGAGCCCAAUUUUUGCGAGGACUCAUGUCGCCCUGCGAUUCACCGUGUUGGUGACAGAAGCCCAAGGAGCUUUUAGCCGCUUCAGGAAACAGGGUCAAUGACGCGUUGCAAGGGACAGGGCCCACGCAAGCUCCGUGAGCUCAGCCCUAUGCACCUCACAGGCACCACCACGCGGGUGCUGCCAUCUCCUCGCUUUCGCAGCAAGCCACCGACAGCAAGCCGCUAAACACCUGCCAUGGCAAACUUCGCGCCCUACCAAGACAUCCCCGAGACCACGCGCGCCCUCAGCCCGCCCAUCGUAUCUCCGCGCACCUCUCUCGAUCGCACGCGCAACAUCGGCACCGUCGCCGUGACCUCGCCCACGACCCAGUCGUAUCAGCAGCGGGACUACUUUAGCGGCGACGAUGUGGAAGAGCAGCGGGAGCGCGUGGCGUGGAAUGCGCCGCUGGGAGGAUCGCGGGAGGACGUCGAUAUGUUCUCCACCAGCAUCGGCUUGAGGAUGGACCACGCGGCGUGUUUAGCAUACUUGCUUCUCCCUCCCGCGGGCCCGGUGGCACUGUUGAUAUUCGAGCACCGGAGCGACUACGUCAGGUUUCACGCAUGGCAGUCGAGCUUGCUGUUCGCCUUCAUCUUCGUCAUUCACAUCAUCUUCUCUUGGUCGAGCAUAAUCUCUUGGUUCUUGCUCAUUGGAGACUUGGGCCUCAUUUGCUUCCUUACCAUGCAUGCAUAUCAGGAUGCAUCGACCUUGGAUCGCUAUGAGAUCCCCUUCUUCGGACCGCUUGCGACCUCGAUCACCGACGACGAGUAAUGGCGGGUCGACCUUUAACGGUUGAAGGUUCACGGCUUGCGAGAUACAUAGAUGGGGACAAGGAGUUAACGGGCAUCACUGGCGUCUCGCGUACCUAAUGGGAAAUUUUGGCCAGUCGGAGGUUAUCUUGGAAGCUUAGUUUCAUCUGAGACUUUUAUGUCGAUUUGUCUAUGUUGAUUUGUCUCCGGCUCGGGCAUAGCUAUCUUUCGUUGUAAAGACGUUAUGGCCUCAGCCAAAUCUCUCUUUUGCAAUUUGCUUCAGAAAGUCCAUGGUUUGCGCUUCUUUUGCCCUCCGAUCCGCAAGUCGUUCCUCCCGCUCAGCAUCCCGCGCGCGCAUGAUUUCCUCUUUUCGAAUCUCACGUUCACUCUUCUGUCGCUCUGCGUCCCUCUUUUUCUUCUUGUACACCUCCACACCAUCGUCGCCCAUCAGAUCAG